AUGUUUGACCAGCUGCCCGUUCUCAGGGCUCUUCACUUGUCCGGCAACGCGUUGGUGGAUCUCCCGGCUGACCUCCUCAACAAGGCGUCACUUUGCUCUCCAUGCGUCUGCACCGGUCCAGACGCGGUUGGCCUUUGGAGGUUGGAAUCCUGCCCUCCUGGAUUGCGACUGGACUUAGCUGAGCUCAGUCUCGGCAGUAUCGCCGCAGGGGCGCUGCGCGAGCUCAGCUUGCUUCGGGAGUUGUACUUGUCUGACAACAGGCUGGCCUCGCUGCCGGAAGGUAUCUUUGAUGAGCUCACAACUCUGCAGACGCUGCGCUUGCAAGGCAACAGGCUGUCUUCGCUGCCUGCAGGCAUCUUUGACAAGCUGAUUGGCUUGGAGCACCUAUACCUGCAUGGCAACAAACUGGCAGACCUUGCUGCGAGCGUCUUCAACAAGAUUUCCAAUCUGAACACGCUUUCCUUGUCUGACAACGACCUGGCCUCCCUGCCUCCCGAGCUUUUUCACAAGCUGACGAGGCUAGAGGAUCUCAGCUUGGAGCACAACAAGCUGAGUUCGCUGCCGCCAGACCUCUUCGCUGGCCUGGACGCGCUGCUGGUCCUGCGUCUAGACGGCAACGCAGUUGUCAGCCUUCCGCAGGAUCUGUUUGCAGACUUGACCUCGCUGUCCACCCUGAGUUUGAAUUCCAUGGCUCUGACAUCACUGCCUCCGGGCAUCUUUGACAUACUGACGAGUCUGGAGCACCUGAGUUUGGAGUCCAACGCGCUGACUGCCCUCCCUUCAGGCAUGUUUGACGACUUGAGCCGGUUAGAGUCCUUGCAUUUGGGGGACAAUGACUUCGCUUCUCUGUCCCCGAGCCUCUUCCAGAACUUGACGGCGCUGAUCACAUUGAACUUGCCGGCCCAUCUGGCCUGCGGCCCAUGCAUCUGCACUCGCCCGGACGACCUGGGCCUGCGGAGGUUGGAGAGCUGCCCCAGGUUCCCACAUGGUACCUGGGCGAGUCUAUCGAAGCAGAAUAUCAGCUCGGUGGCUCCAGAUGCGUUCCGAGGGCUAACGCAUCUGAAGGGCAUGUUCUUGGAUUCCAACAACCUCAGCUCCCUUCCUGCCGGCGUCUUCAAUAACCUCAGCAGUUUAUUUGCCUUGUACCUGGGGAACAACAACCUGACCUCCCUUCCUCCGGGCAUGUUUAGUGGGCUGACCUCGCUGUUGAAGCUGGACCUAUCGCACAACAACCUGUCCGUGCUUCCUCCUGGCAUCUUUGAUCAGCUGCCAGAGUAUGCGGAUGUUGACUUGUCGCAAAACAAGCUGCCGGCGAGCGUCUGCAUGAACCUCAGCUACUUCAAGUACUCUUUGAACUGUUAA